ACCUUCAUUGUAUAUUCAAACCUAUCUCCUCUCUCUCUUCUGCAUCAUCACCAAAAUGGAUGCCUUUGAGACUCAUUUACCAAAGGAGAUUGUGUCGGAUCCUCUCCAUAACUCCUUUAACCCUAGGCGUGAAGAGUAUGUCAUCGGCGGGAAGAUUCUCCGGCAGCGGUCAGGUUUUGUCUUUGACUUGGACAAAGAAGGUUUUAGCCCUCUUCAUGCGGCAGCAGCAGCUGGUCAAGUAGAGACCGUGAAGGCAAUUUUGGGCAUUGAUAAGAAGUUUUGCCGGUUAAAAGGUAAAGAUGGAAAGACUCCACUUCAUCUAGCAACGAUGAGAGGGAAAAUCGAUGUGAUCAGAGAGUUAGUGUCGAACUGUGUUGAUUGCGUAGAAGACGAGACGGUCCAAGGUCAAACUGCUUUGCACCUUGCUGUUUUGCACCAAGAGACUGGAGCAGUCAUGGCCAUUGUUGAUUUGAUCACAGAGAAGAAUCGAAUUGACUUAUUGUACAAGAAAGAUGAACAAGGUAACACUGCUCUUCAUCUUGCGACCUGGAAAAAAAAUCGCCAAGUGAUGGAAGUGUUGGUUCAGGCAAUACCAGAAGAGUCAAGGUCAUUUGAGGUGAAUGCUAUGAACAAGAUGGGUCUCUCUGCACUGGAUUUGCUAGUUAUGUUUCCGAGCGAAGCUGGCGAUAGAGAAAUCUAUGAGAAACUCAUCGAAGCUGGAGCUCAAAGAGGGCGAGACGUUGGUACCACCAAUGUGGAGAGAACCACUUCUACCUCCACAUGCCAAGAGACAACAAUGGAGUGCGGAAGUCACAAAGAGCUUGUUAAGUACUUCACUUUCAAAAAGCACAGAGACUCACCAUCAGAAGCACGUAGCGCAUUGCUGGUGGUGGCUUCACUAGUCGCCACAGCCACGUUUCAGGCCAGCUUGACUCCACCAGGUGGAACUUGGCAAGAUAGCUCAAUACCUGCUGUAUCCCAGAACAAAACGAGCGCAAAUGCUACAAUUCAACAAGCUCAUAUAGCAGGGCAAUCUAUCAUGGGGACCUUCAAUGGAAUCGCUUUCACUAUGUUUGUGUUCUUUAACACAAUUGGGUUUUCAGUUUCACUUUCUAUGCUCAACAUUCUCACCCUCGGGUUCCCAUUGCGGUUCCAGCUUCAGAUCUGUAUGAUGGCAAUGUAUUUCUCGCACAACACAGCCAUGACCAGCAUUGCACCUGAUCAGGUCAAGCUUUACUGCAUUCUCAUCACAUCCAUCCUCGCUGCUGCCACCCCGAGUCUGAUGAGGUUGCUCGAGAAGCCUAUUAACAUGCUCGGACAAUUCUUGGAAUCCAGGUUACAAAAAGUUUGUUCCAUGAUAUGACUUUCAUGGAAACGUUUUGUAAUAUAAUAGCCACUUUAAUAUCUACAUUGUCCUAAUUACAAGACCUAUUGUUGCGCUAUCGAGAAAUCACCAUUGUUGUUAUGAUCUAAAGACCCUUUCUUGUAAGAGUUAUGCAGACAUAUAAUGUGGAAUACCCUAGAAACA